AUGAGUGCUACCGGCGAUAAUCACGUUCACUUGCUGGAACCCAUAUACAAGGGUGAAGUGUGUGCGCGAACGCUCUGCCUUCUUUCCGAUAGCCCCACAAGCUCACAAAAGCAGGAAAGCUUCACUGGGUCGCAGAGUGGACAAUCGUUGACCGCACUUCGUGAAACCCGCAGUAAAUUUAACAAUCACGCACGCAAGAUCAGUCAAGGAUUUUCUGCAAUAGUUAUGCAAAGAGAAGUCAAACAGCUUUCACCCAUUGCGACAGCUCGGCAGAGUGAGAUCAAGAAGUGCUUGCAGGCUAACAAACGUGCUGAAUCACUGCAAACUCUGAUGAGCGUUUACAAGACCGCAAGUGUAGUGGCGACAGCCGCAACAAACGAAGCAGUGAAGCAGUCGACUUUGACAGUAAGAACUCGAGAAACGGAUUCAAAGCACUUCGACGGGGGCAAAAACAACUCAAAAGCUGAUGUACUCGGAGCUUCGGCUAGCAUACUAUCGUCAACUGUUUCAGAAGUCAAGGCGUCCAAGGUAACUGCAAUGAAGGAUCUUAUUGCAAAGCAUUCUUCAUCUGUCCAAGCAGCAAAGUCUCGAAACGUUCAAAAAAAUUCACUUAUGAAAGUCGCAUCGCAAAGUGCCCCCGAGUCUAGAAAGAGGUCACAACCCGCAACAAAAUCUGAAAGCAGCAGUGCUUUCUGUAAGAAAGUUCGACCCCUCGAGCAAAAGUCGAUGCCGGAUGGCAGUCGAACAACCUUGUUUGACUUUUUUCAGCAACAACAAUAA